AUGUCCAAAUUACUACACCACAUUCUUAACAUCGCUGGAACAACUGCUGGUCAUAUCACGCUCAACCCUCUAGUCACGGCCGCUCUACUCUGGGUAUUGACGAAAGGACCUACACAACUUCGCAGCCAACUUACUACUCGGAUCCGCGCACUUCGGGACCCGUUUCGCUAUGCACAGCUCGUGAAGGCUUUGAAGUGGUGCCUGAUAGCUGGAACAGCAAGAGUCGUCAACAAGCAGCUUAACCAUGUUGCCCUGAACGCAGGCAGAUUGCGAAGUGAAAAGGCGAGAUGGAACUGGAGCCGAGAGGUCGCAGUCAUUACAGGAGGCUGCAGUGGUAUUGGAGAGCUGGUAGUGAAGAGGUUGAUCAAUAAAGGAAUCAGAGUGGCAGUGCUAGACAUUCAGCAACUUCCUCCAAGUUUGCAAGGCUAUGCCGGCCUCAAAUUUUUCAAAUGCGACAUUACUGACUCUUCCGAAGUCUACUCGGUGGCCGAGAAAGUCAAGGAAACAAUGGGGGCACCUACCAUCCUCAUCAAUAAUGCAGGGCUUCUGGCAUCCCACACCAUCCUCACUACGUCCGACGCGUACCUCCGAAAGAUCUUCGAUGUAAACGUCCUCAGCAACUGGUACACCACCAAAGCUUUCCUGCCAGACAUGCUCCGACACAACAAGGGCCAUAUCGUGACGAUCGCAAGCACGGCAAGCUUCAUCGGUGUCGCUGGCCUGGCAGAUUAUACAGCGACGAAGGCGGCUAUUCUAAGCUUCCACGAAACGCUCACUCAGGAACUCAAGCACCACUACAACAGCCCAAGCGUUCUCACGACUUCCAUACACCCUAAUUGGGUCCGUACACCUUUGAUAGAACCUGUGGAGCAGGAACUCAAGAGGCGAGGUUCUCCCAUUCUUGAGCCGACUGCUGUUGCCGAUGCAAUUGUCGGACAAAUCAUGAGCUGCAGCGGUGGCCAGAUCAUCUUACCAAGCGCUGCGGGCAAGGUCAGCAUGCUGAGGGGAUUGCCGAAUUGGGUACAAGAGAGUCUCAGAAGCGGCGUGAGCAAGACGAUCUACAAUACCGUGAAAUAA